AUGGUCCAAGCGGUGGCAUUUUUCAUCUCCCCCUUGGCCUCAUCAUCAUCAUCAUCAUCAUCAUCAUUAUCGUCAUCAACAGCAGCAGCAGCCAGCAGCAUCAAUCAACACUUAGUGCCCAUCACAACAACCGCCAUGCCUUCCUCCUCCCCCACCGCCACCACUCUGGCCGAUGUCGUUCGCAUGGCCUACCACAAGAACAUCAAAAUGUGCAAGCAACAAGACCGCAUGGCUCUCCGACAGACGGUCCAGCAGUCGCAGUUCUGGCGCCACCUCCAGCACACCUUCCUCGAGGACCCCCAGGAGGGUGCCUGCUUGGAACGCAUGACUGUUCCCCAGUUUGAGGCCCACCGUCGACGAUCGGCCAGCCCCUUGAGCCACACCAAGCCCGUUGCCUCGGCAAAGACCGACCUCGUCACCCCGCCUCUGCACCAAGUCGAGCCCAGCCACAUUGUGGUCCGGCCCUGCCGCCGCUCCGUCCUGGCCUCGGCCAACCGGGUCGGUAUCUGCUCCACCGUCUAG